GUUGGCAACACUGCCUUUUCUUAAGCGUCUUCUGCUAGAGGCACAUUUUCGUCAUCCGUCAAAAGUUUUGUUCCCGUUGUUAAUUUUUUCCUUUAUAAAUCAUAAAAAUGGCUGAGAAAAUGAGGACGGAAAUUGCUUCCAUGCUCCAAGGAAUUGAAAGGUACAAUCCAGACAAUCUUCAAAAGCUAGAACGCUAUGUAGAGAUGCAAGCGCAAGAAAAUAUUUACGAUCUUGAGGCGAACUUGAGUGUACUGCGACUAUACCAGUUUGGUCCAAAUUUCUACCGUAGUAACAUUGUAAACCUAAUCUUGCUAAAAGCAAUGACUAAUUUACCACACACAGACUUUUUGCUGUGUAAAUGCCUUCUGACUCAAGACAGGUUGGAGGAACCUCAAGUAAGCAGAGUAAUGGUCCUUGCUGACUUGCUAGAAACUUGCAAAUUUAAGCAGUUUUGGGAAGAAUUGGCUAAAUGUGGUGACCUGAUAAUCACUGUCCAAGGAUUUGAAGAUGCAAUUAGGAAAUUUGUUGUUCAUGUUGUCAAUAUCACCUACCAAACGAUUGAAGUUCCAGUCUUGAAAGAACUUCUGGGCAAUGUCAAUGGUAUGGGUAUUAAUAGUUUAGCUACAUUCAUUCUCAUUUCAUAUGUCCAGGAAAAUUUUAUUAAAAAUUUUUAUAUGACCAUAGAUCAAGUUUUAAAACAGUGGGUCGGCAAAUGCAGUUGGAAGGACCUUGGCAAUGGACGUGUAUUUAUUACAUCGCAAGAAGAUUUGGUUAAGACCAAAAAUAUCACCGAGAAGAUUGAAUUUGAAAAUGUGGCUGGAAUUAUGGCACAUUGUAUUUAAGAGAACGGUUCUUCGCCAAUUCACAACGCGAAAAAGGAGAAAAAUAAACAAACAAAAAAAAAACAACAACAAACAAACAAUUCCAAGGGCAGUGUAUUACCGUUUUGAAACAGCUCCGUAUACACAGUUGUCAUGUUUGAA